AUGACGGCAGACGUGGCGAUGGUGGCAAUGAACGACAGUGCGGGGCUCACCAGCUAUUACGAGCAGAAAAUCGAGCAUCUUGAGCUCACCGUGCGUGACGAGACGCAAAACUUGCGGCGUCUCCAGGCACAACGCAACGAACUUAACUCGAAAGUCCGCUUGCUGCGCGAGGAGCUGCAGCUGCUGCAGGAGCCUGGAUCGUAUGUCGGCGAAGUCGUAAAGCAGAUGGGCAAGUCCAAAGUGCUGGUCAAGGUGAACCCCGAGGGCAAGUACGUUGUCGAUGUCGACAAGUCGAUUGACAUCACCAAGUGCACGCCCAACACGCGAGUGGCGCUCAGGAACGACAGCUACGUGCUGCACAAGAUUUUGCCUACCAAGGUGGAUCCACUGGUGAGUCUGAUGAAAGUGGAAAAGGUUCCGGAUUCGACCUACGACAUGAUAGGCGGUCUCGAUAAGCAGAUUCGAGAGAUCAAGGAGGUGAUUGAGCUGCCUAUUAAACACCCGGAACUCUUUGACGCCCUGGGUGUGGCUCAGCCAAAAGGUGUGCUACUUUACGGUCCUCCUGGUACGGGCAAGACGCUGCUUGCACGUGCAGUAGCUCACCAUACAGACUGCACCUUUAUCCGUGUGUCGGGUGCUGAGCUGGUGCAGAAGUACAUUGGUGAAGGGUCGCGAAUGGUUCGUGAGCUUUUCGUUAUGGCUCGUGAAGCGUCACCGUCCAUCAUCUUUAUGGACGAAAUUGACUCCAUUGGUAGUUCUCGGAUGGAAGGUGGAGGUGGUGGUGAUUCCGAGGUGCAGCGUACGAUGCUGGAGCUGCUCAACCAGCUCGAUGGGUUUGAACCGGCACAAAACAUCAAGGUCAUCAUGGCUACGAAUCGUAUCGACAUUCUUGAUGCGGCACUGCUGCGUCCUGGUCGUAUCGACCGAAAGAUUGAGUUCCCCAACCCAACGGAAGGGUCGCGCAUCGAUAUCAUGCGCAUCCAUUCGAGAAAGAUGAACUUGCUGCGUGGUAUCAAUCUGAAGGUCAUCGCAGAGAAGAUGCCGACAUCUUCGGGGGCCGAGUGCAAAGCUGUUUGCACGGAAGCCGGUAUGUUCGCGUUACGUGAACGGCGAAUUCACGUGACUCAGGAAGACUUUGAGAUGGCUGUCUCCAAGGUCAUGAAGAAGGACUCGGAGCAGAACAUGUCGAUCAACAAGCUCUGGAAGUAA